AUGACUGGCAGCAAUGGCAUCACUAUCACUGAAACCAGCCACAUGACCGCGGCCAUUGGAUCGAUCGAUGCCGAUGCAUCACCAGACGCGACGUUUCCAGGUGAGCCUUAUUCUGAGCCCAAUACAGCUGAGCGGAUGAUGUUUCCCGAUUGGAGAUGCGCAGUUUGUGACUCUGGCGAAUCCAUGCCGGUUCUCGGUGGUUGGGAGUGUCUGGAUUGCGGUUCAACAGAUUUCUACAACGUGCACCAAACAAGGCGUACUGAGACUGACACUGGCACCUGGCUUUACAUGCCCCACGCUGCACAGGUUGAAGCAUCACCCACGUCGUCUCGCUCUGCAAGGCGACGACGAAGACGUCGGAUGAAUCCUGGCCCUGGUGAUGGACAACCUGAUAUUGGCGGCGCUGAGCAUGCAGAAUCUGAGGUGUUGACUCAGGACCCUUGUGUUGAUCCCAGUUUCCAUGACCAGCCCCUGCCACGGCACGUGCAAUCUGAAGCCGGAGGCGCGAGACGUGCUGCGCAUGAUGACUCGGGACAACUUCAUCGUUCUGGAGAUCUCCAAGGCGUCAAUGGUGCAGAGCGCCUUCCAGCUCCUUGCCCCACUUCCAGCGCUUCAGAGCCCAUUGCGAAAGCAAUCAAGAAGCUGAAGGAUGAUGAGUUAGGCGAGUGGAGUCUGAAGAAAGGCCCUGAACCUGGUUUGAGAUGGAGGACGGGACAGCAUCCGCCACCUCCGUCCUGGAAAUAUGACCCUGGAGACUUGAGAGCGUUUGCCAAAUUCAAGAAGAAGGUUCAAAUCUGGCAGAUACAAAUGGAACCAUUUGCAAGCAAAGCAGACCAGGCGUUGCUCUUAUACGGGUCUUUGACUGGCGAUGCAGAGCAAGAACUUGAGCAUCUGUCGAUUUCCGAGGUGCACGCCGAAGCUGGAGUGGAUCUGAUACUUCAGAAGUUGCAAACACCUUUUGAGCAGCGCACAGUGUUCCAGAAGCGCAAGUUCAUCCAUGAGUAUGAAGUGCUGAAGCGGUUUCAAGGUGAGGUCAUGCGGACUUACAUCAGUCGUUUCCGGCGUGCUUUGAGGAAUUUGAGAUCCGUCGGCAUCGAAAUGACUUCUGCCUAUGAUUCCGAGGCACUGGGUUCACGUUUGUUGGACCGUGCAGGUUUGUCUGCAGAAGCUCAACGGAUGAUCCUGGUAGGAACUCAUCAAUCACUGGAGUUGGAAAUGAUCGCUGAGGCUUUGGUUCUUCAAUAUCCUGACUUUCGUGGUGCUCCUCCCAUUCACCAACUCUCUAAGGGAUCUGGAAAGGGCAAAGGUACUAGCACUACGUCCUCUUCUUCUUCAUCCUCCACUACUAGGGCAAUUUUCUCUAAGAGAUCUAGUCCCGUCACCAAGGUUUUUGUCGCUGGCGCAAAUGAUGGCGCAGCCACAGAAGCCAUUGAUGAAGACGCAGAGCAUGAGCCGGCAGAUGAAGAGGAGGUCAUUGAAGACCAGUCUCAAGAUCAGGAACAAGAUCCAGUCGACGAGAACGACGAGGAAGAGCUUGUUGAAGAUGACGAGUUGGAUUUGGCUAGUUUGAGCCAUGUUCUAACAGUCACAGCGAAGAAGCUAUCAGGGUUGACUCUGGGAAGGAAAUUUACCAAAAAGCCACCAAUGUCCCAGUCUUCUGCCGCCAUAGCGAAGAAGAAACAGAACUCUCACUGCAUGGCUUGUGGACAGAAGGGUCACUGGAAGGGUGACAGCAAUUGUCCAGUUUCUCAGAAGCCCAAUGCCACGAGCUUUCGCAGCGACACUAAGCCUGGUGGAAGAGUACAAGUUUCUGACCCCCAAGACUAUGGCAAUUUGUUUACUUGUGGCAUGGUUCACGGCAUUUCUGAGUUUCAAGUUCAUGAAGUACAAGUUUUUUCACCAUGUGAUUUCAUCGGGAAGUUGAUUUUGGAUUCCGGAUGUCAGCGCAACUGCUGUGGAGCUGACUGGUUUCGUGCACAUGACAGUCGUCUGCAGAACAUGUCCGAGUUGUCAUCGCAUACCAUUGACUGCAAAGAUGUCCCCUUACCCAUUGAAGUGAUCUCAGGGCAUUUGGUGAUCGACAUUUCACAGUUUCCACAACAUGUCAAUCCAGUUGAGUUGCCUGAGUGGAAAGAACUUUCGAAUCCAGUUUUUUGGAAUGAGCCUGACCCUAAUUGUAUUUUUCCGAAGCCUUCGAUGGUUCAAUUCGCUGGGACUUCAGUUCAACACGAAGUUCCUGAACAACUUUCUCAGCGUUCUCAUGCUCUCACAGCCACCUCAAUGGAUGGGCCGAUGGAGGCGCUUGAUGGAGGCCCUCAAUGCCUUCAAGCGCAACGUCUUCAUCUUCAUGGUGGGCGCUGUGAGACUGGGCCUGAUGCCAAGAUCAUGGCUGAUUCAGGCAGUGCCUCCGGCCUUGGACUUCGAGGUCAAUCCAAUGACGUGUCAGCACCCGACCUUUCGCCGUUACGGCAAUCCCACGGGUCGGUACGCUCAAUGCCACCAAUGCGGAAGGAGGUGGAAAUGGGAUCAAGCACAAGAGACUUGGCUCGAUUUCCGUGGGUCGGCAAGUUCCUCUACACGGUCGCUGCCAUUGCCAUGUCCGUCCUCAACGACGGGGGCACCCAAGUAUCGUGCCAAGCCCAAGGCAGCUCCGAGGUCAUCAGCGACCCCAGCUACCUUGACACUUCCGGAUCAACAACAACAGAUCCUCAAUUCAGUCUUGGAGAUGGCGUUCCAGGAUUUGGCACCAGGCACGUCAAUGGAGGAACAAGAGCAGAUGAGGCAAGACAUGCGUCAGAACAUGGGCUAUUACAUCCAGGAGCACUACCAGCAGAUUCAAAGGAUGGCGCAAGCAGGGGAAGCGGCACAGCAUCUGCUGUCCAAUCUUCACAACUUUCCAGUUCCAGAGGAAGAUGCGGAAGAGGAGUUCUACGACUGGGACACCGUCGCAGAAUCACCGGCCAGUUGAACAAGUACGCGGACGUCUUGGAGUCCGAGCGCAACCUUUUUGACUCCCUUCCUGCAACUGUGAAGCGUCCUUCCCCGGCCAUUGACGUUUUCGAGCUUUUUGCUGGCAGUGCGAAGUUUACCAUGUUUGCUGGAAACCAUCACCUCAAUGCACUUCAGCCAAUGGAUUGGUUGCAUGGUCCCCAACAAGACCUUCAUGAUCCUGCUCUCCAACAAGAGAUUGUGGCUGCUGUGCAUCGCUUCAAACCGUGGGCACUGAUCAUGGGCCUUGAUUGCCGCCUCUGGUCAAUCUUCAAUGAGAACCUCAAUUAUUCUAACCGACGCGAGUUGCUGCGUCAGAUGAGGACCCACGAGAAGAAGCUGGUGAAGUUUGUUUGUGAGCUAGCCUUGCUACAGCAUCGGGCGGGGCGAUUCUUCCUUAUUGAGAACCCCCAGAAGUCAAGAUUGUGGAUUUUGGAAGAAAUCCUCGAGUUACUGAACCUGCCUCAAACUUGGUUGAUCACUUUGGACACCGGGGCCUUUGGUGCGGAGAUUGAUGAGAAGCCCAUCAUCAAAUCCAUGAACUUCUGGGGGAACAUACCACAAUUAGAUGAGGUGCUUGGCCAGCGGCUCUCUCCUGAGGACCGGCAGUUUUGUACGCCAAUCCAAGGGUCCAUGACCAAGAAGAGCCAAGAGUAUCCAGAUGCUUUGGUUCACCUCAUUUUGAAAUAUCUCAAGAAGGCCAUGCACCUUCGCGAACCAAGUCGCUUUGCUCAUUUUGAUGUUUUUCCAGUGGCUCAACCAGUCGCAGAUCUUUCUUUGUGGAAUGACAUUGUCAGUCAUGUGGAGCGCACCUUUGAGCGUUCUUCCAAACGACCGUUCAAUAUUGACCCAUCCUCAGACAUGGGAAAGAAGAUAUGUGAUCUUGUUCGGAUGGACGCCAUCCGAAUACAAUGCGCCUCCACACCUACCACAAGAAGAAUCCCAACUGCACUUGCGUUUGAUGCCAAGACCACUCACCGAGCUGCUCUCUUGCAAUUUGUUGAUGGUUCAAGAGAAUUGGAAGUCGACAACAUUGAGGAGUUAGAGUUUCCAAAGCAGCGUUUCCACAAGACUGUCAAGGUAGCCAUAUUCAUGUAUGGUGACAUGCGGGCAGUCCCUGAUCUUCAACCAGUUGCCGACCACCAGAAUGCUGCGCUGCCCUUGGCUGAUUUGCCAACGGACAUCACUUUUCCCAACCUUCCGAGCGGACAUGGAAUAUCCUUGGAAGUGAAGAAGACGGUGGCAAGGCUACAUUUGAACUUGGGCCAUCCUUCACAACAAGAACUGAUGAGAAUGAUCGCCUACUAUGGAGGCGCACCUGCCAACAUAAUCACGGCAGUGCAACACCUGAAGUGUUCGACCUGUGAAAGGCUGAAGUCUCCUCAACCACCGAGACCUGCAACGAUGCCUAAGUUUGUAGCUGGACAAUUUGGAGAUGAACUUCAAGGAGGCAUCUUCUUUGUGCGCAUCAUGACUUCUGAGGCCAUCCCUGUGCUUGGCCUGGUCGAAAAGGCAACUGGAUACCAUCAAGCAGCAGUAUGUCAGACCCGCAAUGCCAGCGAGACGUUUCAGAUCUUUUUGACGUGUUGGUUUAAACCUUUUGGCCUUCCUUUCAAGAUUGUCCUCGACCCAGACACGGCCUUCCGUGGUGAAUGUCAACGGCAGAUUGAAGCACUGGGCAUCCUUUGUGAAUUUUGCCCGGCUGAAUGCCAUUGGAUGAUUGGCAUGGUUGAACGGCGGAAUGCAGUGCUGAGAUGCGUGCUGGAGAAGUUGAUUGACCAGUAUGCUGCAUCAACAGUUGAACAACUUGAGCAACUGUUGGCACCUGCACUUCAUGCCAUCAAUGCUUCAACAUUCACAAGGGGCCGAACGGCCUUCCAAGCAGUGUUUGGACGCGUACCCCGACUCCCAGGCGGUAUCUUGACAGAUGAUGCCGCCAUUGCAAGCAGCCCAACCACCUUGGAGCCGCAGGACAACCUGAUGGCCAAGGCCGAGAUCAUUCGCUCAGAGGCAGAGAAGCACCUCAUUGAUUUGAACGUCAACCAACAAAUCCGACGUGCCAUACUACGUCGCACAAGAAAUACCAGGUACCAAGACUUGAUGCCUGGACAGACAUGCGCCUUUUGGCGUUGGAACAGGAAGGGCCAAAGAAAGCGUGGAGCUUGGGCAAUUGCUCGUUUCUUGAGCUGGGAUCCUUCGGCACCAACCAAACUUGCCUCGCUGAGAACGGGCAACACAACAGUUUUUGUUUCAGCUGAACAACUUCGUGGAGCCAUGGGUUUUGAGUCAUGGAGUCCAUCUACAGAGGACAACGCAGUUUUGAAAGAUGCUAGCAAGUCCUUCUUCGACAACAUGAUUGAGGAUGAAACAGGCCCACAAGCACCAGAUGAAACCUUGGCCGAUGAGAUUCCCACCUUAGAUCAGCUUCCACCCAGUGAAGACCAACUCCUGGAGACCUUGGCUCAGAUUGCUGGGGAUGCCGCAUUGCAACAACAGCAGCUACCUCUAGAUCCAGAAUCAGAGACGCCAUAUCCACAGAGAUGGAACCGGCCCUCAGGCGAACCACAGAAGAUUCCUGAACAACCACAAGCAACUUCAGGAGCAGCAAGUUCCAGGCCACCACCUCAAGCUGAUGAACCACUGCCAACGCUUCCACAGAAGAGGCCUUUUGAUGUCAUGUUCACCAUACGCAAUGAGGAUGGGAGACUUUACCAUCAACCAGCGCUGCAUGACGGUUCACCAGACCUUGGCUAUGGAUCAACUCGCAAUGAGUACUUCAAGAUCUAUGCAGCAACGGCACAAAGACAGGAAGACUUAGAUGGAACAACCAAAGAUGCAUACGAGUCCGACACAUCAGCGGACUCUGAUGAGGAUUCCGUUGACCCUCCGCCCAAUUCCUCAUCCUCACCAACUUCCAGACUCACUAGACAAGAGAUGAAGCAAUUGGAUAGAGAACUUCCUUGGAGGGAGAUAUGGAAGAUGCCGCCUGCAUACAUUCAGAAGUUUUUGGCCGCAAUAGAGAAGGAAGCAAACUCCUGGGCGGAAUGGAACUCCAUCCGACCAUUGAGCCAAGAGGAGAUCAACAAGGUCAAGGCAGACCCAAUCCUUCGCAAAAGAAUUUUGCGAAGCAGGGCAGCAUAUAGAGACAAAAACCGAAAUCAAGGUGAGCUUAAAGCGAAAUGCAGGGUAGUAGCUUUAGGACACCAAGAUCCCGACCUGUAUGAUCUCAGGAGGAGUUCACCUACUCCGGGGCGAGCAACAGAACACCUUCUUUAUCUCAUUGCCGUCUCGGGAAUGAAUCGGGAGUUCAACCAGACCAAACAUCUCUGGCACAGUUGGCUGGGUGAUGCUCAGACGGCUUUCCUUCAGGGCAGACAGCCUGAUGGAGAAAGGAAGCUGCCUUUGUUCCUGAAGCGUCCUUGCGACCCAUUGAUCGACAUGACGCCUUAUUGGAGGAACGAGCUUUACCAAGUCACAGGGAAUAUCUACGGGUUUCCAAACGCUCCCUUCCUUUGGAUGGAGGAAGUAGUAGCCCGACUCACAGCCCUGGGAUAUGUCCGCCACGAUUUUGAUCGAAUGCUCUUUUGCCUCUAUGGCAAGGAUGGUCAAUUGAUCAGUUUGGUGAUGUGUUACGUGGAUGAUUUUUUCGGCAUCCACCGAGAGGACCAUGACCCAACUGAGCUGUUUGGCAAGUUUCGAAGGCUGCAGAAAGGUGAGCUGCUCACGGCCAGUGAACAGCAAGAGUUCAGAAGCAUAGCCGGAUGCCUACAGUGGCUUGGAUCUCAAGCACGGCCCGAUGUGUCGUCCGCCAUUUCCUUGUGCAAUCAUGGUCAGCAGACCACCAUCCACGACAUGAAGAACUUGGCUGAAACUCUGCAGCAAGAAGAAGGGUAUCGAGAUGAACGAUGUGGAUGCCAGCUGGAUACUGCAAACCUGGGAAUGAUUAUUCAAGAUGUUCCCUUGGACAAGAACAGCGUUUUGAUGACCUAUACAGAUGCCAGUUGGGCAAAUGCAGCCCAUUCUUCAAGUCAAAUGGGAAUUUUGAUUUUGGUCACCACUCCCAAUGCGACCAACGAGAUUGCCAAGGGUGCCAUCCUUGACUGGAGGUCAGCCAGAUCUCCGCGUGUUUAUCGCAGUACACUCGCUGCUGAAGCUUGCGCAGCAGACGAAGGAAGCGACAGGUCUGAUUACCUGAAUUUGAUGAUUUCAGAACUGCUGUACAACCAACCUGCGCAUUUGGUCAGCUGCAGACUGGAUAGACUUCAGGCCACAGACGCGAAGUCCUUGUACGAUGCCAUUGUCUCAAUGAACCCCAGUUUGUCUGAGAAGAGAAGCCUUGUCAAUAUCCGUGCCAUCCAGCAGUGCGUUGGACCUUCACGUUCCACCACAGACAAGCACAUGUCUGGCAUGACUGGCAGCAGUGGCAUCACUAUCACUGAAACCAGCCACAUGACCGCGGCCAUUGGAUCGUUGGGCCUUUGUAGGGCCCUGAGCUAA